AUGGUGAACAUUCUUGUGGGUUGUACUGGCAGUGUAGCCACAAUAAAGUUACCCCUUUUAGUAAAUGGUUUAAUAGGUCUAAAUCCGGAGAUAAGAGUUCGUGUAGUAGUGACUGAACACUCUAGACAUUUUUUUGAAGAAAACAACUUACCUGCUGAUGUGGAAGUGUUUCAUGAUGCAGAUGAGUGGGCGGUGUGGAAUAAAAGAGGGGACCCAGUUCUACAUAUUGAAUUAAGUAAAUGGGCCGAUAUUUUUCUGAUCGCUCCUUUGGAUGCUAACACUUUGGCCAAAAUUGCAAAUGGUUUGUGUGAUAAUCUUCUCACUUGUAUAGUAAGAGCCUGGGAUCUUAACAAAAAACUUUUCUUUUGUCCUGCUAUGAACACUAAAAUGUACCAACAUCCAAUAACAGCAACCCAAAUCAACACUCUUGAGUCUUGGGGGUACAAAGAAGUUCCUGUUAUCGAAAAAACUCUCAUGUGUGGAGAUACAGGUGCAGGAGCUAUGGCUGAAGUUGAUACCAUUGUCAAGACUGUUCAAGAUUUUGUAAAAUUGUAGAAUUGUUUUUCAUGAAAAUUAUAUAAAAAUAAUGCUAGCGUU